ACGCGAUGUCAUGGUGCCGGUGCCGCGCCGGGCCUGGGUUCUCUGCGCUUCGCCAUGUCGGGACUCAACAAAUCGGUGGAGCUGCAGUUUCAGGUUCGGCAUCAGGCUGAGGAGCUGCGCGACUUCAUGCGGGAGCUGGACGGCUGGGAAAAGGACAUCAAAAAGAAGGACGAGGACCUCCGGCGGCAGAGCGGCGUGGUACCGGCGGCGGACCCGUCUUUGCCACCUAUAAGAAAUCGAGAUUUCAAGAAAAAAACAAAUAAGAAGCCUGUCUCCCAGAACAAUAGGAAGAAUGAAGAAAAAAAAGCAACCAGAAUAAAGUCUUACGAUUAUAAAUCUUGGGAAAAAUUUGAUGUGGAUAAAGUACUGGAAGAGAUGGAUAAAACUGACAGCACUCCGGAGCCUGAUACAGAAGAAGAAGUAGAUGCAGAGAAAGCUCUUGCUGAGAAAGAAAAGGGUAAUAAUUUCUUCAAAGAAGGAAAAUAUGAUGAAGCAAUGGAAUGCUACACGAGAGCUAUGACAAUGGAUCCAUAUAAUCCAGUUUUUCCUACAAAUCGUGCAGCAACUUUCUUUAAAAUGAAAAAGUAUGCUGUGGCAGAAUCAGAUUGCAAUUUGGCAAUUGCGCUGGACAAAGCCUUCUUCAAAGCCUACCUUCGAAGAGGUUCUGCUCGUUUUAAACUGAAUAACUUGCAGGGUGCAAGAGAAGAUUUUGAAAUGGUACUGAGCUUGGAUGCAGGAAACUUUGAAGCUACUAAUGAACUCAGAAAAGUAAAUGAGGCUUUAGAUCCAACAAAGUCUAUUGAAGAUCAGAAUCGGUCAAACAAUGAAAAGUUGAAUGCCCAUGAAGAAAAGAGAGUGACCGAAGCACAAGCAAAGCAGCAAGCCAUUUUUGAGAAAGACUUGGGCAACGAUUACUUUAAGCAAGGCAAGUAUUUAGAAGCAAUUGAAUGCUACACCAAAGGGAUGAUAGCAGAUGGCACCAAUGUACUUUUACCAGCUAACCGGGCCAUGGCUUUUCUGAAGCUUGAAAAGUUUGCAGAGGCAGAAGCUGACUGCAGCCAAGCAAUCUCAUUGGACAAUACUUAUUCCAAAGCCUUUGCACGAAGAGGAACUGCCCGUUUAUGCCUUGGGAAAUUAAAGGAAGCAAAAGAAGACUUUGAAAUGGUGCUAAGGCUGGAACCAGGAAACAAGCAGGCUUUAACUGAACUUGGAAAAAUAAACAAGGAAUUAGCUUUGCAAGGAGAUACACUUACAAAAUCAUCGGGAGAGAAGGAUGAUGCUCCAAGGCUAGUCAAAGCAAUUGAUAAGCCACCUCAUCUAAGGUCUACAAAACCUUUGAUCAGAGUUGCAAUUGAAGAAGUUGGUGAUAAAACAAGUAACAUUAAGGAGAUAACAGCUGCAGUCUCUUCUUCUUCUGAUCUUCCAUCAAAGCAGACAUCUGCGUUAUUAUCUCCUGAAGCUCCCAAUGCCAAAAUCCUUAAAGUGGAAGAAUGUGGAGGCUCUCCAUUAACUUCUAGCAGGAGUGAUUAUUCUGGUGUGCCAGACAAACAGCCAGGUAAGGCUGAAGCCAUUGCCGUAGCAAACUCGGCGAAAGUGAAGAAACCGGAAUCCUCUUUGCCUCAUCACAAUGUAACUAUCCCUGUUGCCCCUGCCAAUGCCUUUCAGCUUGAAGCAGACCUCCGCAAGUUGAAAAAUUAUCCAGAGAUGGUCCAUAAGUAUUUAAAGCAAAUUGAGCCCUCUUUUUAUCCACAACUGUUUCAAAAGUCUUUGGAACCCGACAUUCUAAAUCACAUUUUAAAGAUCCUUCAUGAUUUAUACAUCAGAUUUGAAGAACCUUCCCUAAUUUUUGACAUCCUGAAGAAUUUAUCAAAUGUAAAGCGAUUUGAUAUGGCAGUGAUGUUCAUGUCCGAUUCUGAACGGAAAGUUGUAAAAGAACUAUUUGAUCAUCUACGGAAAUCUGGCAUUGAAGAACCAUUGCUGAUAGCAUUGAAGAGUAGAUACAGUGUUUGAAAGGUUAUUUGAUUUGACCACAUUAACUGAAUGUUAUUUGUACAUGAUUUCCUUCAUUAACAGAUACUUUAACACAAGGUGUACGUGUGCAGUAUUUCUCCUGAUCUCCUAAACACAAAAUAACCUGCAGAUGCUGGGGUCAAAGCAACACUCACAACACACUGGAGGAACUCAGCAGGUCAGGCAGCAUCCGUGGAAAC